AUGGUCGGCAAUGUUGUCUCGAAUGUCGCUACUAUGAGCCAAGGAGAACGAAAGCUUGCACAGGUGGAAAGGGCUGCAGAGGAACUUGGCAUUCGCGUCGCAGAGCUUCAUGACUUCCUUGCCACCUCUGAGGGUACUGCUUUCCUGUCUCAGCUUUCUGGGAUGGCUAGUCCCCAGCAAAUCUCUUCUGGGGACAACCAGACCCAGGAGCCACUCUCCCAAGAGCCUUCUUCACAGAACAAUGCCCACCAGGAGCACACUUCCCAAGAUAGUUCUUCCUAUGAGCCUUCCUCCCAGGAUCAGUCUGCUCAGCAAACCUCGUCACAGGAGGGAUUUUCUCAGGGAAAUGUCGAAGCACGUCCUAUGACAUUGACUCUCUUGAACACCCCGCCCUAUGAGAACUGA